AUGCAUAUCGGUGAUGAUGAAUGGCCAUCAUUGGAGGAGGCAUUGGAAGCGGAAAGGAAGAUAACAGCUUCCUUGUCUUCAAAGUUGAAGAAAUCUCGAGCCAGGAACAAAAAGCUAAGGACUACGUCUAACAUCGGUUUUCCACGUUCACAGUCCACUAUGCGAGAGGUUACUAGGGUUCAAGGUAACGAAUCAUUGUCAAUCUCGAUGAAUAACUUGUCCUUUGCAUCUUUGAACAUCGCCGAAUGUACGCCCAUGGACGGAGAAGAUGACAUUGACAAGAAAUCGUUCGAGAAUUGGAAAGAUCUAUUGGAGGCCUCUAUGAAGCUCAUUAGAGUAACGGACGAGGAUACAAAAAUGAGUAUCUUCAAAAUUAAAGCAGGGCAAAAGCUUUUAGACAUUUUGGAGGGUACUGUGUCAUCAACCAGCACACCAUGCUGUGAAUCUGCUCCGUAUUCCAAUGCCAUGAACCGAUUGAAAGACUUUUUCGGUUCUCGUGAUUACUGCUUGUUGCAAAGGCAAAAGCUCCGUUCUCUAACUCAAAACGUCAACGAGCCUGAUUCCAAAUACGUCCGGCGUGUUAUCAACACAGCAAAAUUAUGUGAUUUUUCCGGGGACCAACUGGGUGAGAAUGUGGCAGACGUCAUUCAGACUCAUGCUCUAAGUUUGAGGAUCCGUGAAAUUGGAAGGAAGAUGUUACGGAAGGGCGGAUCAAUUCCCGAGUUGCUGGAAAAGAUUCGAGCCUUCGAAAUUGGACAGUUGAACGAAAAGUUAUUCGCAAAGAGCCACCCAGCGAAACGGGCAGAAGUUGAUGCCGUAUCCGUCGACUACCAGCCAGAUUCUAGUUCGGGUCGGUAUACAAAUCAACGCACCUUCACAGCAUGA